AAUGAAGGAAGACAACAGACAGCUGAGAGUGAGUGAGAGACCCUUCACAAAGAAGAAGAGAGAGAAUCUGACAAUCUGCUGUGAAUAUGUGUGGACCAACCAAUAUCCCUCUUUCUCUUCACCUUUUAAUUCAACCAUUCUCCCCAUAAAUCAACUAUCUACUUCCAUCUUUUUCUCUCUCUUAACUUCUAAUCUCUCAUUAGCUCAGUUAAUCACAUGAUUAAUUCUGACUAUUCAUAUAAGUAAGUAGUAUCGAUACAUUCUAAGAACAAACCAAAAAUCGAUAAGAAAUCAAAUACAAACACGACCCAUUUACCUAACGUGUCAAUUCUCGCCUCUAAGUAAAGGUCUUGUCUUGUACCAUCGAAUAUAUCGUCUCUUCUUUCAUUUUGAAGCAAUCAUUCUCUUCUUUCCUUUUUGCUCUAUGUUGGUAAAAUUGUGGAAAAAAAAAAAAGGGUUUUCACAUAAAAUUACCAACUAUUAUACAAAUAACAAAAAAAGAAGUGUUUGAGUUUGGGGAGAAAAAAAGUGUAUUUGUGGGAGCAAUAAUUAGAAAAUAGGACCAUACUGCAGGCCAUGGGGGAAGAAGAACAUGCUACUGUCGGUUGUUCUGUAAUACACCUUCAUCUUGUACUAGUGCUCCCCUCCCUCCAUCCCUAUUAUUCUUUCUUACAAUCAAAUCUUAAUUAGCUUUGUUUAGUACUAAUAAUCAACUUUUUUUUUUUUGAGAAAUUAUGAAAAAUUAGCUUAGAAACACCAUUAAUUUUUCUCUCCUUAAUAUCUUGUUUUGUUUUUGGAGUUUAUAAGUUAUCCCCAUCAAAUCUAGUCCUAACCCACUAACCAAUACCCUUUGAAAUUAGCUAGGAGAUAUAGGUUAGUGGAUUAAGCACCCACAUAUAUGUCAAAAUCAUUUUUGUUUCAUCAUAUAUAGUUCAUAAUUAAUGGCUAGAUAUACCCCAAAAAUAGCAUUUUCACCAUUAAGUCUCUCUUAAUUAUUGUUGUUUGUUUUAUUGUAUGAAAACUAGAUUCAACCCAUUAAAUCUUUUCUUUUAAGGUAGCAUUUUUAGACACAUUUUCUUAAGAGUCAAUUUAGUAUUAGAUUUGUGUUUGAAUGGAAGUAAAACACCCAAAUAAAGAGAUCCCAAUUCAUUUCAAUUCUUUCAUCUCCAAUAAUCCUUCAUCCUCACCACUAUCACCAGCUCAAGAAGAAGAAAAAAUUCCAACUCUAACUCCAACUCCAACCCUAGAUUCCUCUCAUCAACAAAUAUACCAGUUAAAGGGCAUGAUCCGAUACCGAGAGUGCCAGAAGAACCACGCGGCUCAUCUAGGAAGCCGCGUGGUUGAUGGGUGCGGGGAGUUUAUGCCCUCGGGCGAGGAGGGAACCCCCCUCGCCCUCAAGUGUGCGGCAUGCGAUUGUCAUCGCAAUUUCCACAGACGAGAGGUGGAAGGCGAGACAACAACUACUACUACCACCACCACUACCGGUACCAAUUCAGGUGGCAUACCACUUUUACCACCACCACCUUCUGCAAUGACUACAGCAAACUGCUAUAUUUCAUUCAGCAAAUACAAUAAAAAUCGUACACCAGUUACAACAGCUACAACUACUGCAACCGCUAUGCCCGUGCACUAUCAGCACGGGCAAUACACCCACAACCGAGUGCCAUUAAUGAUGGCAUUCGGGGGUAGUGGAGCAGCUGCAGAAUCCUCCAGCGAUGACCUGAACGGGUAUCGUGCUGGGAAUUCGGAUUACGGAGGGCAGAUCAUAGAUCAAUAUGGACUCUCCAAGAAGAGGUUUAGGACAAAGUUUACUCAAGAUCAAAAAGAUAAGAUGAUGGAAUUUGCGGAGAAGCUUGAGUGGAAGAUUCAGAAGCAAAAUGAUGUAGAAUUGCAGCGUUUUUGCACUGACGUGGGUGUUAAGAGGAAUUCAGCAUUGAUCAGGAGUCAAAAGUUCAUCAAAAGACACAAACUGGCUGGCUUCGCUUCGGUACCGACAUCUCUAUUGCUAAAUUAUCAAAGGUUGCUAUAUAUAUCAAUGACAAUGCGCGCUUAUUGGUGGCCUAUCUUAGCACCAACCUCACCUGCAACAUCGGAGGCUCUCUCUUUGGCUGCCUCAUACAUGACCUUGGCUUCUUCACUCAAACCACUUUUACGCACCAUGUUGUAUGCUUCCUCGACCUUGUGAUUCGCUUCAUCAUACAACUCUUCUCCAUUAUCUUUAACAGAUGCAGUACAUGUAUUCACCUUUUCGGAUGCAUAUUCGUUUCGAUCUGGCGAGAUCAACAUGUUUAGUGAUCAAGAAAAGUGCAGUAUCAUAAUUGAUAACUCCAGUUCAAUAAAGUCACGAGGAGAUCGAAAAGAAAUCCAAUUACCAGAUGCAACAACGUCUUUGGCUUUCUCCAUCAAGUCUUCUACGCCUUCUUGCUUGUGUGCCCACCGUCUGUCAUAGAACAUUGCAGUUCAAGAUUAAGGCUAUUGCUAUCGAGAGAUGUUUCCUUAAAACAAAUAUUUAAUUCCAAACUUGUAUUUUCAUGUGACUAGAACUUGAGCCUGCAUAGAGACGGGGCAAAUAUGGGCAGAAAUAAUGAGGACGUGUAUAAUUGAAACAAGAUGAAUGUAUAACAUUCGUAUUUCCAGCUGGCUAUGGCGACCAUCUUUAAAAGUUGAAACAACUGAUAAAUUUCAUGUUCUCAUUAUUCUUUCC